AAUGGUCUAAAAAAACGGUCAAUAAUUUUGAGCGUUGUAAUAAUUGAAAAUCAAAGAGAAGAAAUUGACAAAAUAACUGAAGGUAAAGAGGAAAAAAUCGUAAAAUUAACUCAACAAGAAGAGGCUAAUCGCCAACAACUUCAACAAUUUAAGAAAGAAGAAAACAAUUCAUUAAUAUCUAAAAUAAGCGAGUUGCAAGGAAAAUUAGAAGCCAAGGAAGAAGAAAAAGAGUCGACGUUGGUUCAAGAAAUCCUCAACAACUCUAAAGAUUUUUUAGGAGCUAGGAGAAUUUUCCUCAAUACCCGACAAAUAACCGUUAAAGGACUAAAAAACUGUUAUAACAAACUAAGAGGCGACAAAAAAUAUGAUAAAACAGAUGAAGUUGGUAAUAUAAUUAGUGCGGUGGGUGGGGUUGCUAAUUCUCUAACUUUUGGAGUUUCCAAGGCUCUUGGAGAAGCAAUUAUAACAAUAAAUGAUUCCUUUAAAAGAAAAUUUUCUAAUAAGCAAGUUGAAGAAUUUAAAGAAUUGCUGAACAAUGACAAAGAGAGUUUGCUUCAACUUAAUAAGUUUGCAGUUAGUAACUCCCGAGAAUUGAAAUUGUUUAAUGCUAAGCAUAAAAUUUUUGAAGUAAUCAUUAAGGAAGGUGUUUGA